GUGGAACUUGGCGACGACUGGCCUCAUCCUCGGAGAUGCCAUCCAAGAAGCGGUUCCAGCGCACGAACGGCGCGGCCAAGGCGUCGGCGGCUGACGCGUCGCUGCACCACGCAUGGGCGCACGACUGGCCCGGCGUCGUCGUCCACGAAGAGGCCGGCGCGCCUUUCUUUUCAUCGUCGGCGAUCCGCGCGAGCGGCGAGUUCUUUCCGCGGCUCAAGACGAUUGCGAACCCGCGCCGCGCGUACAAGGACGGGAUCUACAUCCUUCUGAACUUGAGCUGGGUCUCGCUCAUGCCGGCGCUCGCGGCCAUGUACUUUGCGAGCAUCUUCGUCUUUGGCGUGCUCUUGUACUACGUGUGCGGCAACGCAGCGACCUUCUCGGACGACUUUAACCUCUCGUACACGACGUUCUCGACGAUCGGGUUUGGCAUCCUCUUUCCGAUCGAGCGCUGCGCCAACUACGUCGCGAUCGCCGAAGCGUUCAUCUCACUCCUCUCGAUCGCCGCGCUCACGGGCCUCAUGUUUGCGAAGUUUGCCAAGCCGAAGGGCAAGAUCGCCUUUAGCCAAGUGGCCGUCGUGCACCCGUACGGUACCGAGCGACUCGCGCUCGUCGUGCGCGUCGCGAACGCGACGCAGUCCCAAGACGUGGCCCGCGACGUCAUCAUGGACGCGUCGUUCUCGUUCACGCUCAUCCGCAUCGAGAAGGACGACGCGAGUGGGCCGCCGCGGCUCCGCUACUACAAGCUGCCGCUGCUGCAGUCCAACAUCAUUACGUUUCGCAUGGUCCUCGCGCUCGUGCACGUGAUUGACGAGGACAGUCCGCUCUUCGGCUUGACGCAGUCGACGCUAGCGUCGUCCGAGUUUGUGCUGCAGGUCGGCAUGACGGGCGUCGACUCGACGCUCCAGGAUACCGUCAUGGAACGCCAAAUCUACUCGGUCGAGAUGCUGCAGUGGGGCUUCCGCUUUGGCGAAAUGCUGCACUUUUCCGACGACGCGGUCGUCAUCGACUUUGACGAGCUCAGCAAAGUGCACUCGGCGCCGAUCGACGACGCGUACGCGGCGCAGUACACGCCUCGCCCGUCGCCCGUGCCGACGCCAACGGCGAUGAGAAGCGCCAAGCACACUCACCCUCCGCAUCCGCAUCAUACGGGGUCGGUGCUGAGCCCGACGCCGCGCAUGGCGUGGGCGUCGUCGUCGCACAAGCGAAGCUCGCGCCGGCUGCGGCAACCGCUUCGGCCCACGGACAUGGAGCCGCUGUUCGAGCCGCUCUUGCAGCGCGACGUCGGGACGCAGCGUGUGACCAAAACGAGGCGUCGGCAGCCGUCGCACCAUGGUGCGUCCAUGCCCGUCGAGCAAUGGCAGCUGCUCCAGCACCAAGUUGCAGGCGAUACGAUGGCGUCGACCGACUCGACGUCUGGUCUUCUCUGGGCCCACACGACGACCAACAGCCACGUCGAGGAGCAUGACGACGACGAUGACGGUGACGACGACGACGAGAAAGAUCUCGAUUUUUCAGACGCGUCCAGCGUGCACUCGGUCGAGAUCCCCAACACGCCGCGCUUCCUCCGCAUCUCGCCGCAACACGUGCCUUUCUCGUACUCGUUCCAGAGCUUCUACUACAGCGCGCUGCACAUGAAGUGGCCGCGCAUCAUCGCGCUCAUCGUCGUUGGCUUUGUCGUCAUGAACGUGGCGUUUGCAGCUCUGUACCUCAUUGACUUUGACGGCGUCCUGGUCACCCCGAGCAUUGCAGCGGCCAACUCGCCGUUUGAAGUCUGCUUGUACCUAAGCGCGCACACGCUCGCGACGAUCGGGUAUGGGGUCAUUGGGCCGCAGCCCGACUCGAAGAUCAACAACUUUUUCGUUGUCCUCGAGUCGUCCUUUGGGCUCAUCUUUACGACCAUUUUUACAGGCAUUGCGUGGUCCAAGUUUGCGCGGCCCCGCGCCCACAUUCAUUUCUCCAAGCACAUUGCGAUCACGACGAUCCACGGCCAGCGCGUGCUCGUGCUUCGCGCCGCCAACACGCGGCACCACGGCGACAUCCGCGAGGGCUCGUUCCGGCUCGGCGUGAACCUCACCAACUCCAAGACGGGACUGCGCCAGAUGCAGGACGUGCCCCUCAUCAGCCCCGAGUGGCCGUCGAUCCGCAUCCCGGUCACGCUCAUCCACAUCAUUGACGAAGCGUCGCCGUUCUACCAGUUUCAGUCGCCGGCCGAUUUUCAAACUACCGCGUCUCGGUCAUUACGCUCUUCACGGGUACGACGAUAUUGUCGCUAG